AUGAGGGCCCUCUGCUGCCUGCUGCUGGCCACCUGCCUGCUCCUCUGCCACCCGGGCCCAGGUAUGGGGGAAAUGAUAGAGAUCGGCCGGAGAUCUGACCACUACAAAUGUGUCAAGAAAGGCGGCACCUGCCACUACUCCUCCUGCCCGCUCAACACCAAGGUCACGGGCACCUGCUACAAUGGGAAGGCCAAGUGCUGCCUGCGCUGA